GUGUUUUAAUAAGUGAGGAAACACGGAUUUAUUUUGGAAGUUAAAGGAAAUAAUGGUCCUUGGAGACUAGUUGCUCACUUAAGGAGCUCUAUGACCGAUGGAGUCAUCCAAACUACUAUCAAUGUAAAACUCUAUAUACAUAUAACUUUAUUUUGUGAAAAGGUGCAAUAAUUUUACAGUGGUUUCUUGGACCUCAAUAGAGGGUAUUGUUUAGAAAGUCUUACAUCCAGAACUUCAAUCAAAAUUGUGUAAUGGCACGAUGAAGAUGCCUUCGACGAUAAGUUGUCUCAUCUAUCUGGCCUUCUCGUUGUCCAUGAUCAAAGCCGAUAGUAGCGUACCGGACUUUGACUGUGACUUCGAGGCGAGCUUCUGUGGCUGGGUUGUGGAUCAAGCAGGUGAUAUCCAAUGGACAAGGCUCUCAGGACCAACGCCUACUCCAGAUACUGGACCAUCAUCCGACCAUACAUCAGGCAAAGGAUACUAUAUUUACACUGAAACCGGUGAUAUGGACUAUGGAGCAACGGCGACCUUGACGUCUCCAUCUAUUCCUCCACUGGGAGUGGAUGGUGCUUGCGUGACGUUUUGGUAUCACAUGCUCGGUAGCUACAUAGGAACAUUGACGGUGUACAAUCCAGUUAAUAAUGAACGCUGGAAGAAAACGGGUAACCAAGGUAAUAUGUGGCUGCAGGGAAAUGUCUGGUUAGAACCGUCCCCUUCAGAUACCCAGCUUGGAUCACAGGCACGGGCCACAACGCCCAGAUGA